AUGUUUCGACUUUUGGAGGCUUCCGAGAUGCCGAGGUUGUGGCUGGGCGGUGGCUUUAGCCGGCAGCAGAUAGAUGGACGCGGCAAACAACAACCAGCAGCUCAAGACGGAAGACGAAGAGACGAAGAAGAAGAAAAAGAAGACGGGAUGCGGACGUCGAGGGUCUCGUGGGAGGCAGCAAAGGUGGCUGAGAGCUUGACUUCACGCAGACGGGCCGUCAAGAGGGAAGAAGAGCCGGUCAAAAAGGAGGAGGACGCGAGUUCAGGCCUCUCUUCCCCCCCUACGACAGACAUCGAAGACCUGCUGACGGCGACGAGGAAGCGGAAGAGAGCAGCUACAAGGGCGGGUAGGGCUGUAAAGGCCGAAGAUAGCAUUGUCAAGACCGUGAAGAGCGUCAAGGAUGAGCCAGGAAUCGAUAUAAAGGGCCCUCCGAACUGGCAGGCCGUCUACGAGACCGUCAAGCGCAUGCGAGAACGCAAUCCCACAGCCCCCGUCGACACGAUGGGAUGCUCAGAGCUGUACUGGCGGUCGUCCUCGCCCCGAGACAGGCGGUUCCACACGCUGAUCGCCCUCAUGCUCUCCUCCCAGACCAAAGACACCGUCACGGCUGCCACAAUGCUAAGACUGCACACUCAGCUCACGGACGAGACGAGCGACAAUCCGGUGGCAGAGGUCUGGGACCGCGAUCACCAGAAGACUACUAGCACGCUGACCCUCGAGAACAUGCUGGCCGUGUCUCCAGAGCGGCUGAACGAGCUCAUCAGGGCCGUUGGGUUCCAUAACAACAAGACACGGUACAUCAAGGCCACCGCUGAGAUCCUGCGAGACCAGUUCGACUCAGACAUACCGUCGACCGUAGAGGGGUUGAUAAGCCUGCCUGGCGUGGGACCAAAGAUGGCGUAUCUCUGCAUGAGCUCGGCGUGGAACAAGCAUGAAGGCAUCGGCGUGGACGUCCAUGUCCACCGCAUUACCAAUCUAUGGGGAUGGAACAAGACCAAGACCCCAGAGGCUACACGGGCUGCUCUCGAGAGCUGGCUGCCCAGGGACAAGUGGCAUGAGAUUAACAAGCUGCUCGUUGGGCUCGGACAGACGGUUUGCCUGCCGGUUGGCAGACGGUGUACCGAGUGUGACCUCUCAGGUACGGGAUUGUGUAUAGCAGAGAUCAAGGGCAAGUUAAAGAGCACAAGAAAGAGAAUUAGCCCGGUCAAGACAGACAAGGAGGAAGAUAUUGAUUUCCCUGAAGUCGAGAGCAAGAUUGAUGUCAAGGUGGACAAGGAGGAGGAUAUUGAUCUACCGGACGUCAGUAAGGACGCUGAUCUUCCCGAAGUUGAAGAUACCAAGAGUAAUAUCAAGCUUAGUAUCAAGGAAGGUGUCGAGGAUAGUAAGAUAAGGAUCAAACUCGAGACGUAG